UCCGCCGGGUCGUUGGGGGAAGCUGUUGUCGUGUUUUGGUGUUUUGGGUUGAAACUCUGGAGGUUUUUCUUUUAAUUUUUAACGUAAACUUUUAAAAAGUGAUAUUCUGAACGGAUGCGGGGCGAAGAGUCGUCGGAUUCGGAGUCGGGGAGGAUGGAGGAGAGCUCGGUGCGGAGGAGUUUGGAGACGUUGUGUCAGGAGCUGAACAUGGACGAGCAGACCGCCACUGAAGCCAUGGAGAACUUCACUGCCAUCUGGAACACAUACACGCUGGAGGGAGAGGUGGUGCACUGGUUGGCCUGCUCUCUGUAUGCAGCCUGCAGGAAGGGCUCCACUCCCACGGUGGGUAAAGGGUUAAUGGAAGGAAACUGUGUCUCCCUCACGAGGAUCCUGCGCACAGCCAAACUCAGUCUGAUCCAGUUCUUCUCUAAGAUGAGGAAGUGGGCCGACAUGUCCAACCUGUCGCAGGACUUCAGGCUGCGCGUCGAGCGACUCGAGCGCAACUUUGAGGUUUCCACUGUGAUUUUCCGCAAGUUUGAGCCCAUCUUCAUGGACAUGUUUCAGAACCCGCAGGGAGGCGAGCCGCCACGGCAACCACGGAGCAGGAAACACAGGCGGCUGCCCUGUCACAUCAGCGAUGUGUUCAAGUUCUGCUGGACUCUGUUUGUCUACACCAAAGGUAACUUCCGUAUGAUCGGUGACGACCUGGUGAACUCGUACCACCUGCUGCUUUGCUGUCUGGAUUUGGUGUUUGGCAACGCUCUGCUGUGCGCCAACAGGAAGGACCUCAUCAACCCGACAUUCAGAGGUCUGCCUGCUCUCUACCGUGCUGAUGGCCACGUUUCACCAGACGAGCCUCCCCCGUGUGUUUUGGAGAGGUUAUGCGAGCUGCACGACGGGCUGGUGGUGGAGGCAAAAGGCAUCAAACAACAUUACUUCAAACCCUACAUACAGAAACUGUUCCAGAGACAGAUCCUGAAAGGCAACGAGGACCAUUUAACAGAACUGCUGGAUCCUCAGAACUUCAUUGAUAACAAUAAAGCCAUUAACAGGGAGUAUGAGGAGUACGUGUUGACGGUGGGAGAUUUUGAUGAGAGAGUGUUUCUGGGAGCCGACGCCGACGAAGAAAUCGGGACUCCAAGAAAGAUCAUUCAGGAACCAUCUGUGAGCCAGACGACUGCGCAGAACCAGCUGCAACAACAUGUACAGAAGUCGGGCUCUCUCGCGCCCUCCACCCCUCUGACGGGACGAGUUUACCUGAAGGAGAAGGACCUGCUGGUCACGCCCGUCUCCUCUGCGACGCAGAGCGUCAGCCGGCUGCAGAGCAUGGUGGCCGGGUUGAGGGCGGCGCCCAGCGACCACCUGAUGCAGAUCUUCAAGUCGUGCUCCAGAGAUCCCACAGAGUCCGUCCUGGGCAGAGUGAAGACGCUGGGACAAACCUUCAAAGAACAUUACACCAACGACUCCGAGGACAUGCCCGGCUCUCAUAUAGACUUUGCAGAAAACCGUUUGAAGCUGGCGGAGGUCCUCUACUAUAAGAUCCUGGAGAACGUCAUGGUUCAGGAGACCAAACGGCUGCACGGCAAAGACAUGAGUGUGUUAUUGGAGCAGGAUAUCUUCCACUGUUCCCUGAUGGCGUGUUGUCUGGAGGUGGUGCUGUUCGCCUACAGCUCCCAGAGAAGCUUCCCCUGGAUCAUCAACAUCUUCAAACUCUCCCCAUUCUACUUUUUUAAGGUGAUCGAGGUGUUUAUCCGCUCAGAGGAAGGUCUGUCCAGAGACAUGGUGAAGCACCUGAACCUGAUCGAGGAGCAGGUUCUGGAGAGCAGAGCGUGGAGCGCUGACUCCGCCCUGUGGAGCGCCCUGCAGGCUGCUGGGAACAAAGUCCCCACAGUGGAGGAGGUGAAUUUCUCCUCCAGUCUCGACACUGGUUCUGGUCCUGGUUCUGGCUCUGGUUCUACCAGCGCAGGUCAGUCCCACCUGCCUCUGGUCGCCCUCUCCCCGAUCAUCCACCCCCGCAUCAGGGAGUUCAGAUCAGGCCUGGGCAGCGCACGGAAAGAUGUGCCUCCCUCUCCGCUGUCGGUCCACGACAGGUACAGCUCCCCGGCGGCCGGCAGCGCCAAACGGCGUCUGUUCGGCGACGAUCCUCCGGCCGCGACAUUAGGAGCGCCCUCAGGCCUGAGCCCGAUGUCGUCGCCGGCCAAGAGGUUGACGUUUGGCUCGACCAGCACCCUGAAGAUCGGAGCUCAGGGCGCCCAGGCCACCGUCCUGAGUAUCCCGCUGCAAGGUCUGAACAACGACCGCACUAUCACGCUGAUCCCGGUUCAGCCGUGCGACUCCUCUGGCACCAUCACUGCUCAGUUCCUGCUGAACGCCUCCCCGAGCCGCAUCGCCACCGCUCCCACGACCUCCGACCCCCAGACAGGAAGCGGCCGGCCACGACGCACCGGAUCACUCGCUCUGUUCUUCAGGAAGGUGUAUCACCUGGCCAGUGUCCGUCUGAGGGAUCUGUGUGUGAAGAUGGACGUGUCGUCGGAGCUGCGAGGGAAAAUCUGGACGUGUUUUGAACACUCUCUGGUUCACUGUACCGGUCUGAUGAAGGACAGACACCUCGACCAGCUGCUGCUGUGCAGCGUCUACAUCAUAUCCAAAAUCACCAAAGAGACUCACACCUUCCACGACAUCAUGAAGUGUUAUCGCAGCCAACCACAGGCCAGCAGCCAUGUUUACCGCAGCGUGUUACUGCGUCACACUCCCAGAGAGCCGGUGACUGAUGAGAACAUGGAGGUGGAUCCUGUUUCUGGUGGUGAAUCCGCAGAGAAAACCAAUCAGGUCUCAGGAGAAACGAACUCCGACCAAUCAGGGGAGGAGGAACGCGGUGACCUCAUCCAGUUCUACAACAACGUCUUCGUCCUGAAGAUGAAGAGCUUCGCACUGCGAUACGCCGUCCACGAUAACCGGGCGGACGCUCCUCCUCUCUCUCCGUUCCCGUCGGUCCGGGCUCAGCCUCUCUCCCCUCGCCGAAUUUCCCAGAGACACUCGCUGUACGUUUCUCCUCACAAGAACUCUGCAAGCUGCCUCACUCCGAACUCCUACACCUACAGGAUCAACAGCAGCCCGUCCAAGGAGUUGUCCGACAUUAACCGGAUGAUCCGUCAGGGCUCUGUGAGCAGGAAGCGGGCCUUCACCAUGGAGGGCGAUGUGAUGAUGUCGUCAUCCUGCGACUCUCCCAGUAAGAGGGCGUGUCCGGAGAACGGCAGCAGUCCGGACGUGCUGCUGAAGCGGCUGCAGGACGUCGUGUCCGAGCGGCAGAGUCACUGACGGAGCGACAGACGGAGAGACACGUCAAGACAUUCAAGUACUGAAUUAACUUUCAUUACAGAACUUUAAAUUUAAUGAUGAAAAAAGACGCUAAGAGUCUUUUUUCAUCAGUUUAAUUGUGACCUUUUAUGUGUGAUAACCCGAGAGUCAUAGAACCUGAGCUGCAGAUAAUCGCAUGAUUCGUGCCAUUUUAUUCUGUCCAAAUAAUCCACCUAGAGUCUUGUCACAACCCCAUAAAAUCUGGAUUUGAAUCCAGUAAUAAUAUCUAAAAUGUGACAUUCGAGCCCCAUCAGGAAUCAAAACACACAAUCACGACACACUUUACCUGUUUCACCUUUUCACCUUCGAGGACUUUUUAAUUUCAGCCGAACUUUCACUUUUCAGCAUCUUCAGUCACUGUUGCACCAAACUGCGUGUGAUAAAAGCCUCCUAACUCUUACAAAAGUCCCUAAAAAUCUCUCUAAAAAUCUCUGAACUUGUAUAAAAGUCUCUACUUUUGUAAAAGUCUUUUAACUCUUCUAAAAAUCUCUUAACUUUUAUAAACUUUUAUCCCACAAAUGCAGCUGAUCGCGCCCACGUUAGUGUCGCACGAUUGUUUCAGUGUUUAAAGUC